UCUAAACACAUGUGCUUUAGAAGUCAAAUCAUUCGUAAUUAACAGAAAACUUUGCUGCUAUUGUUUAUCUAAGGUUAUGUUCAGCAAUGGCUUGCUGAAUAUAGCUAAAACUGCCGCGGCGAACUAUAUAUGUUAUAUCAUGUUCCGUAAAUUAAAUUAUUUUUUACUAAAGUACCGUUAUUUUAUCUAAUUAAGAGUUAUCAACUGACACCAUAGGUUUCAUGAUGGAAUCUGUAAAUAAUCAAGAAAAAGAAUCUAUUACUAAGGAGAAAGUUGAAGAAUCAAGUAAAGCAGAUGAAAAUGCUGAGAAGCAGAACAAAGAAAGCAGUGGUGAUGAACCAUUUGAUAAAUGUAAUAUAACUACAGAACAGUUGGUAAAUAAUCUUACAUCUACAAAAGAAACAGAAUCACCAUCAUCUGAAAAUGCUAUGGAAGUUGAAUCAACUGAUACUAUUGUAGAAAAAGAUGCAAAUAAAAAUGAUGAAGCAGAAAUGGAAGUAGAUCAAACUGAAUUACAAGAAAAUAAAAGUGGCAACCAAAGUAAUGGAGAAUCUACUACAGUUAUAGAAAAAAAUGAAGAAAAUCAAGUAAAGGAUGAUUUGAAAAAUCAUGAUGGUGUAAGCUUACAAAAAUUAAUAGUUACUGAAGAGUUAAUCACCACAAUUGAGGAAGAAAGUAAUGGAAAUCAAGAAGAUCCUAGUAAAAAUGAGAAGAAUCCAAAGGAAAAUAAAACAGAUUCAUCCUACGAGAAAGAAAGUUCUGAGAAGUGUACAAAUGAGAGCAGUAGUUUGGAAAAAUUAUCUGAAAAAGAAGCAGAAGAAACUUUGGAAUGCAUUGAUGUAGAAAUGGAGAGUCAAAACAAUAAAAACAAUAUAAAUGAUAAGAACCAAGAAUUAGAAAAUACAGAAUUUGUUCAAUUUAAUCAGGAUAAAGAAGAGUCUCAAACAGAAAUUCAAUCAGAAGCAGUUGAUCCAUUUGGCGGUGACAGUCUUAACAUUAAUACUGAUAGUAAUGAACUUAUGGAAGUGGAUUCUUCUAGAAAAGCUGAAAAAACAAAGUCUACAGAAAUAAAAGAUAAAUCAAAAGAUUCUAAAAAUAUACAGGACAAUGAAGAUAAGGAACAGCCAACAGAUAAAACCGAUUUGAAGUUUGGUAAAGAAAGUAAUGUAAAAGAACAGCAAACAGACUCUUCAAAAGAAACGAUGGAUAUAGAACAAACAAUUUCUCCAAAAAAAAAUUCAGACAAGUCAAUGGAAAUUUCAGAAAAAGAUGACGAAUCAACAGAAGUUUUGCCUGGUCAAGACAAUGAGCUUUGCAUUAUCCCUGAUAGUACAAAAGAAAAUAAGGCUAGUGAUAAAGAUAAAACAGACCAAAAGAAAGUUGCAGCUAAAGAAAAUGAAGUUGUUAUAGAGAAUGAUUGUGAUACAGAUAACCAAGAUAAAGAAAAAAGUAAAGAAAAAGGAGAAUCUGAAUCACAGGACAAGUCAAAAGAAAACAGUUUGAAAGUAGCAGUUCUGACUUCGAAGACAAAUGAAGUUCAAGAAAAUACAGAAAAGUCAACUGAAGGUCAAUCUGUGGUAACUUCAGAUGUUAUUGACAUAGAGGAUGAUGCGAAAAAUUCUGAGAUAGAGGAAAUAGACUCUAAAGAAAUUUGCAAACAGUGUAAAGAAGAAAAAACAUGCUCAAUAAAAGUGAAAGUUGGUAGUAAAACCUUUAAUGUGUGUUCAGAAGCUUGUAAAACUGCCUUUUCUAAUGACAACAACAAAGCUACUGACAUCCCAAGCGAAGGAGUAAGUUCUAAAAGAGACAAACGAUGUGCUAAUUGUUUAUUAAUUGUAGAGCCAAAAGAUGAAAGAAGUUUAUCAUGGGAGACAAUGGAAUUUUGUAAUGAAGAGUGUCUAGGAAAAUUUCAGACAAGAUAUGGCAGUUAUUGUCGAAAUUGCAAUGGAGCUGUACAAGCUGUCAGUUUAGGAAAAUAUUGUGUAAGAUUUGGAUACGAUGUGAGGCAAUUUUGUUGUUCGACGUGCUUGGAGGAAUUCAAAAAAGGGCUAAAAGUGUGCAGUUACUGCCAAAAAGAUAUUAGUGCUGGUGCUGAAGGAUUCUUAGCACCAGUGGGCGAUAAAGGUCAGUUUAAGGAUUUUUGUACACAGGAUUGUAUGGAAAAAUAUUCGAAAAUGAAUAGCACAGAGCCACCUGUACCUGAAAAAAAAGUCUGCAGUGUAUGCCAAGAGGAAAAAGUUAUGUUUUGUGAAGUUCAAAUCGAUAGGAAUCCAUCGGUAGCUAUAUGCAGUGAGCCUUGCUUUGCAGCCUUCAAAUUUGUCAACAAAGUUGAUCCUGAUCAGUGUUCCACUUGUAAAAAGUACUUUCAAUUACCUACAAAAAAAGGACGUGUUGUGUUCUAUGAAGAUGAAGCUCACGCUUUCUGUAAUAAAACAUGUCUAAACGUUUUUAUAAUAACAAAUCGAAAGAUAGUUCCCUGCAAUUGGUGCAAAGUGAAAAAGUACAACUUUGACAUGAUAAAAAAAGAGCUGAAAACGGGUCAGGUGAUGAUGAUGUGCAGCUUGAAUUGUUUAACUUUGUAUCAGGUGUCGGUGAACGCAGUCUCGGCGCGCCGCAUCAACUGUGAUUUCUGCAAGGAAUUCUCCCAAGCGCAAUACCACUUGACGAUGUCGGACGCAACGAUCCGCAACUUCUGCUCUUACAAGUGUGUGAUGAACUUCCAGGCGCAGUACACCAAAUCACCGAUCACAAUUCCGGCGGGCGACGCUAACGGUCCGAGCGACCCGGUGCCUACUGGCAUACCGAAGCGCGCGAUCGCGCCGGCGUCGCUUCCGCGACCGCUACAACCGUCGACAGUCAACGAGAUUCCGGCAACCAGCCAGAUCGCCGCUAAGAAGACGCUGCCGGUGAUUUCAUCAGUCACAAGUCUCGCGGCCAUCGCUAACGGCCAAGCUCAGAACACAGUGCAACUUGGCAACGCUCAGACUGGUAUCAGCGCACCCAUCACCCUGCAAGGCACUACCCCUGUGAUCUACAAGCAGCAGGUGAUAACGAGGCCAACCUCGCCGGUAGAAAUUGGUAACAAGAUGACCCAGUGCAAGCCGCAGAUGCACACCAAGGGGGUAUCCGUGAGGCCGAUUCCGUGUGACCAGUCGACGCAGACCGAGGGGUUGGAGCGCGUGAUUGUGCCCAUACCGGUGCCUAUCUACGUGCCCUUCCCCGCGCACAUGUACAGUAUGCCUUUUCCCGUGCCCGUACCCAUUCCACUGCCCAUUCCGGUGCCCAUCUUCAUACCUACUACUCGGAACAGCGUCAAGGGUAUUCUUAAAGAGAUCAAGAAGAUACAGGAAAAGAUACCCUCGGAUCCUUUCGAAGCCGAGCUGCUCAUGAUGGCCGAGAUGGUCGCCACAGAGAAGAAGAACGACAGCGAUUCCGACUCUAACGACGAGGCCAGCAGGGAGAAUGCCGAAGUAAAUGACGAGCCGCAAGCUGAUAACUACAGUCCAGAAGGCGUUGAUGGAGGCGUUGAUUCGUCGAACACCUUUGGCGAGGACAUGUUGCAGAUGGCUCUUAAAAUGGCAGACGAACUUGAAGAACCGGCUGUAGAUCUCGAAACCGCUCUCACUUCAAAUACUAUACAGACACCGGCUCGAGCACAAAACGAGGAAAACGCAGAAAAUAAUGCUCCUACUCCUAGAGUACACUCGGUACACUCGUCGCGAGGACGCAAACGUGGCAGUUCAUACAAAACUCGAGGCGUUCCUAGCAAAAGGGGUAAGCGAAGCACAAAUUCCAAUGACGUUGGUGUACUUGGCACUCAAGAUACUCAGACAUCAACACAACCACGAUUUACCGAGCCUGCAGAAAAGCCAGAUGCUAAUAUGGCUUUGAAAUAUACUUUUGGUGUUAACGCCUGGCGACAAUGGGUUAUUACGAAAAAUGCUGAACUAGAAAAACAAAAUACACCAACGAGAAAACUCAAAUUAUUCAAGACGGAUCUAUUACAAUUAACAGCUGACGAACUAAACUAUUCAUUGUGUUUAUUUGUUAAAGAAGUGCGCAAACCGAGCGGAGCUGAGUAUGCGCCCGAUACAAUAUACUAUUUAUGCCUAGGAAUUCAACAAUAUUUAUUUGAAAACAAUAGGAUAGAUAACAUUUUUACGGACGCUUAUUAUGAAAAAUUCACCGAUUGUCUCAACGACGUAGCAAAAAAGUUUACAUCUCUUCACAAUGAUGCUCUAUUUGUCGUUACAAGAGUGGAAGAAGAACAUUUGUGGGAGUGCAAACAGCUCGGGGCCCAUUCUCCACAUGUAUUACUGAAUACUUUAAUGUAUUUUAAUACAAAACAUUUUAAUCUUGUAACGGUAGAGGAACACAUGCAGCUAUCUUUCUCACAUAUAAUGAAACAUUGGAAACGAAACUCAUCGACUCAAGGAGUCCAAGCUACCCCUAAAAUCGCCGGAUCCAGAAACGUUCUAUUACGCUUUUAUCCUCCGCAAUCUGCGCUUGAAGCAAAUUCAAAAAAGAAAAAAGUUUAUGAGCAGCAAGAAAACGAGGAAAAUCCACUGCGAUGUCCCGUGAAGCUAUAUGAAUUUUAUCUUUCAAAAUGUCCCGAAAGUGUUAAAACAAGAAAUGAUGUAUUCUAUCUAUUACCAGAAAGAAGUUGCGUGCCAGAUAGUCCAGUAUGGUAUUCGACAUCUCCAUUAGCAAAAGAGCACCUUAUAAAAAUGCUUCAUCGUAUUUUAAUGGUGAAAGAAAUAAAUGUGGCUCUUUUGUCAUCCUAA